AUGUCCGGGUAUAUCAACGUCAAGCCGAUCCUGUACAAUGAUACUGACGGCCAACAGGAGGGUCAAUUCAGCCUCAUACAUAUUCCCUUGCAUCUUUACUCCUCCCUCCUCCAGCCCAUAUUACGAGUCCUCCUACCAAAUGGAGGCCCAAUACACAACGAGGAUCCUGAAGGUCCACUUGAAGGAGUCUCGGUCGAUAACAAGCACGGUUUUCUCAAUAUUAGCGUAACACCAAUAGAGUGCUCUAUCGUCUGCCACAAGACAUGGGCGCAAAACGUCUUCGACCCGGUCAUCGGGCGGCUUCCAGAAGAGCUAUCAAAACAAGUGCAAAUCUCGAAAGACACCUAUAUGGUCUUCUCGGUCAGCAGUGCCGGUAUGGAAGCCGGCCAGCGGGUCAUGGAUUUGACAGCACCGCUCGCCAUGGCGGGGAUUCCGAUAUUCUUCAUCACAACCUACUAUACGGACUUCAUCCUGGUCCCGAGUAAAGACCGGCAGACAGUUGGGGAAGUGCUCCUAGAGCGAGGUUUUGAGUUCUCCGAAAAUGAUUCCGCCUACGUCGCUCCUAUAGCCUUCGCACACGCCCGGUCCCCAAGCGUAUCCUCUGAGCCAUCUACACCGCCACCUACCAAUGUGCCUGAUCUCCAAGCCCGCACUUUUUCCCAUCUCAAAAAGCGAAGCGUAGUACCGUUCGUAGAACCGAACCUCCAUCUCGUGCAAUGCUCGGGCAAAGAAAUCCUGUCCGGAGACGAUUACCUAAACCGUAACAUGAACGGCAACAGCUCAAACGGAAAUCACAACGGGCAUUCCUGGCUCGAUAACAUUGAUCCGAAGCUCUAUAUAGGCAUCGUCUCGGCGCUCGUACAACGCCCACGAUUCCUCUCCAUCACACUGGCACAAGAUGAUGCGCCGUCUCUCCUCCUCGAUAAAAACUUACUUUACCUUUUCGGGAACUCAAUAGCGGGAGAUAUGGACUGUGAUCUCGUGCCCAUCUUCCUAGACCUUGCGAACCUCCCAUUCGAAAGCACUGGUAUCGUUUGCGGCGUGGCGGGCAAGUUAGUCGAUGAGAUGAGAGGUCUACAGGCAAUAAACCAGGAGGAGGGUAGCUUGCCGGAACUCAGCUAUUCGAGUACGGCGAGAGCGGGAGCGGUGGUGUUGAGCUGUGAGGAGAGUGUUAGGGCAUUGAGCAUUUUAUUGCCUUUACUGGAGACAGCCGAGGUGACUUGA